UCCGCGGGGCCGAGCCGCCCGUCUCUCCCGCCCCUCCUCCUCCCUUUUCCACCCCUCGGAGUGGAGCUGCACUUGCGGCUGCUCCCUGCUCGGUCCCGCCCAGCCUCCGUCGCGCAGGAACGGGUCCCUGCAGUCCCCAGCCGAUGGCAGGACAGUAGCCGCCUGUCAGGGGUCGCGAAGGGCUGAGGCAGACGCGGCGGCUCCCGGGCCUCAGAGAGUGGGUGUCUCCGGAGGCCAUGGGCUACCCCGAGGUGGAGCGCAGGGAACUCCAGCCCGCGGCAGCGCCGAGGGAGCGCGGGAGCCAGGGCUGCGGUUGUCGCGGGGCCCCUGCCCGGGCUGGCGAAGGGAACAGCUGCCGGCUCUUCCUGGGUUUUUUUGGCCUCUCGCUGGCCCUCCACCUGCUGACGUUGUGCUGCUACCUAGAGUUGCGCUCCGAGUUGCGGCGGGAGCGGGGAGCCGAGUCCAGCCUUGGCGGUCCCGGUAACCUCGGCACCUCGGGCACCCUGAGCAGCCCCGGUGGACUCGACCCCGACGGUUCCAUCACCCGCCACUUCGGGCAGCCAUCCCCGCAGCAGCAGCUGCUGGAACGGGGAGAAGCUACGCUCCCCCCAGACGCCCAGGACGGGCACCAGGACCUCCGGACUUGGGAACUCUGGCCGGCGCCCGCCGCCCCCAGCUCCGGCUGCCUCGGGAAAAGUUGGCGGCGCUCCCGGCCGGGCCGCGGCGCGAAGGUGCGGGCGCUGCCCCCCAGGCUGACUAACGGCAGCAGCCUGGCCCUUUUGCUCCCGGUGAGAUUCUGCGCCCGCGGUGCUUGUUUUUUCGUGUCCAGAGCUCAUGCCAGCACUAGCAGGCUCUCUUUUGGAGUUGGAGCUGUAAACAGCUGUAAUAACUGCUCCACGCCCGUUGAAACAACUUUGAACCGUGUUUUCUGCGCCGGGGUGCUGGUGCACUGACCGGAUCGUGGGCUUGUUCACACUUACCUGCAAUUUGAGACGGAUUGUCCUCGGUGUUCUAGUGAGGAUCAGCGCCCCUGAGGAAUUCUGGUAGAAAUAUGCCGUCUUGCUAGACAACUUUUGAAACAGUAAUUUAAAAAAUCUUUGGAAUAAAACUCACCCUUUGC